AUGACAACCAAUCAGAUGGAAGUGGAUGACACCGACACCGAAGAAUUCCAAGACAUCGAAGAGUUCUCCGAUGAGGCACCAUCUUGCAGCAAUACGCAGCCACAAUCGAAGCGCUUUGUAGUAAAAAAGUUUCAGGCACAGGCGCUCUGGUCAUGGGACGUGGCCGUGGACAAUUGCGCCAUUUGUCGCAACCAAAUUAUGGAUCUGUGUAUUGAGUGCCAGGCGAACCCGCUGUGCUCUAGCACCAAGGAGGAGUGCACUGUAGCCUGGGGUGCUUGCAACCAUGCCUUUCAUUUCCACUGCAUUUCGCGUUGGCUAAAGACCCGCCAGGUGUGUCCGCUGGACAACAAAGAGUGGGAUUAUCAGAAGUAUGGACGUUAG